CACGGCAGCAGCUCCUGCGCAGCACUAGUCGCAACAUAUCCCCCAUGGCCCUCGAGAAGGGCGAGCUGGUCGCCGACGACGAGACACUCGUCGACUCUGACGGCGCCCGCUCCUCCGUUUUCGACCACGACCCAACGCCCGACGAGAAGCCCUCGCUACCCCCGGCUGCCCUCCCUUCUCCCACCAGCGCCGCGGGUCUCGGCGAGGAAACGCCGCUCGCCCAGUUCCUCAACUCGGAGCCCUUCUGGCUGCUGCUGUACUUCACCUUCAAUCUCGUCCUCACGCUCUACAACAAGAUCGUACUCGUCAAGUUCCCCUUCCCGUACACACUCACCGCCCUCCAUGCCCUCUGCGGCACUAUCGGCGGCGGCGCCCUCCUCCGCAUGGGCUUCUUCACCCCCGCGGUCCUCACGGACAGGGAGAAUCUCGCUCUCGUCGCGUUCAGCGUGCUCUACACCGUCAACAUCGCCGUGAGCAACAUCUCGCUCCAGCUCGUCACGGUCCCGUUCCACCAGGUCGUGCGCGCGGCCACGCCGCUCUUCAUUAUCUUGUUCAAUUUGAUUCUCUUCGGCACUGGAAGCAGCAAGAUGAAGUUCGCAUCCCUUGUCCCUGUUAUCGCUGGCGUCGGAUUCGCCACGUACGGCGACUACUACGCCACGCCCACCGGCCUGCUCCUCACCCUCCUCGGCACCGUCCUCGCCGCGCUCAAAACGAUAUACACCUCCAUCCUGCAAUCGCGCGCGCCCACGUCGCCGCCGGACGCGCCCCCCUCGGCCGUGACGACGAUCCGCGCGUGGCUCAUCCCGCCGCGCCUCGCGCUGCACCCGCUCGACCUGCUCUGCCGCAUGGCGCCGCUGGCGUUUGCGCAGUGUGUUAUACUAGCGCAGCUCUCGGGCGAGCUCGGAAGGGUGCACGAGUGGAGCAGUGCGGAGAUGGAUAUGGAGAGGGCGGCGGGGUUGUUGUUUAAUGGGGCGAUUGCGUUUGGGCUGAAUAUUGUUAGUUUUACGGCGAAUAGGAAGGUGGGGCCGUUGAGUAUUACUGUUGCGGCGAACGUCAAGCAAGUCCUGAGCGUCUUCCUCGCCGUCGCGAUCUUCGACCUCGUCAUCUCGCCCACGAACGGGUUCGGCAUCUUCCUCACGCUCGGCGGCGGCGCCUGGUACGCCGUCGUCGACUUCCGCGAGAAGCGGCGCAGGCGCGCGGGCGCUGGUGCGCGGUGAGCGCUAGCGCUGGCUUUGCCACUUGGUGUCGCAAGCGCGAGUGCGCGCUGGAUUAUAGGGAUUUUACUUUUUUACUAUGAGUUUUAUUAUGCUGGCCUUUAUUGGUUUAUUCGGCUUCCCCUUUUUUGUUCGUUCUUCAUUCAUUCCAAUCCUUUGAUCGUUUACUGUCGUUUAAUCUUUUUUUCCUUUUCACUACAUACUACGUUUCCGAGACUUUCUGUCUAGAUAACCACCCUUCCCAACCUCCCUCUUCUUUCUUUCUUUUACGGUUUGUGUUUGGAUUAUAGGUUACGCGAUUGAGAUAGGACGCACGCACGCGCGUUUAGAAGAGCGAGGAAACACAGUCUUCGAGGGCGGUUGGCCGGGCGAGCGAGGAUAGAACAGAAGGAACGCAAUCGAUCAGAACGCUGCUGUAAUCAUACUACUGUCUAGCUCCUCUGCAGCACACCGAGGACGUGUCUUGGCGCCGUGGUGGCGCUCUCAAUGCCUCUUCUGUCGCCGCCAAUCGCCACUGCGUUCAAUCGCGACGUCACAGACAACAGACGCGCGCAUGUCUUUGGUCCGCAGCAACCUCCCCGCUCCGAUCUUCUACUUUUCGGUAUAGACGGGCGUCUAUCUUAUCGCAGGCGACCUCGACCCCGACCCCUCGCCGGCACCGGCACUGGUCAUCUGGAUCGAUUCUAGUUCAAAUGGGCUGCUCCCGCCGGCUGCAGGGCAGGCUGUUUGUUCGUACCUCGGCGUCUACCAGCGUGUACCUGGGCCUGCCUCCCAGGUUCCCUCCUCUUCUUACCCCGUGCUGCUUAUCUCUGUCUGUUCACGCGUUUCACCUUACCAUCAGCAUCAGCACUACCACAUGAACAGCUCAAAGAAGAGGAACGGGUGGACGGACGGACGGACGAAUCAUCUUCCCCCACCCUAUCAUAUCCCAUCCCAUCCCCGAUCUAGACAAUCCGAAAGUCUCGACACGACCCACGCGUUCCUUGCAGGCCAGAGGACGCCGCUACGCUACGCUAUUUUAUUUUACUUACUAUAGAUCUCCGCUCGUUUCAUGUCCAACUUUUGUGUCUGUCGUUUCUAUAUACAUACAUACAUACUAUCUGAACC